AUGUGGCUGGUAGCCGCUGUUCUCGCGGUGGCUUCGCUGCGAGCUUGUGCAACACCAUGUACCGAGGCUCGAACUCGAUGCGCCUACCGCACGGGGUGUGGUUACGCGCUGAACAACUAUAUGUACUUAUGUAGCGACGUGCUGUCCGAACCCACCAGCGUCUGCCCCAAACCCUGCGAACAUGCGCUCAUUGCGCUAACUUCGACUGAAGAAGGAAAGGAGCUAAUGAAUUGUCAGUGCGACGACGAAUAUUGCGUGGAAGCGAAGCAAAGGAUUGACAUAUGUCGAUCUCAGGUGUUGAACGGCGCAGCAAAUGCGACGUCAUCGUGCCGUCUUUCUCAGCUGAUCUGCCUUGCGGACGCCCAAUGUUCAACGGCUCUGAGCUACUAUCGACAGCUCUGCCGUUCAAUGUACCGCGGUCGGAAGUGUUCGAACCGGUGUCUCAAUUCCAUAGAAAUACUGAAGAAGCAAGAAAAGGCCGCAGCGUUGACAGAAUGCCGCUGUGACGGUGACGAAGAUUUCGAUUGCCCGAGGAUGCAAAGCAACCUUGCUAGGCUAUGCUUCCAUAAGCACCAAAAGAAUAAUACUAGAACACACAAGAAAACGCCUCACGAAGAAACGUCAUCGGCUACUGCAACUGUCACACCAGCGUCAAGUAUCCUAGUGCUCAUUUAUAUGUUCUAUUGGUUUACGUAUACGUAA